AUGGUGACACUGAAGGUUCAGAUCCUGUUGGGCUUCCUUUGCUGCAUGGCUUUCCUGCCUACAGAUGGCUUCCCAGCAGACCCCAGUACUGAAUUUCGCUCUGCUUUCUCUGUGGCCAGAACCAGCAGCAUGGAAGGAAGCUCUGAGAUGGUCAUUACCUUUGACAAAGUGUAUGUGAACAUUGGCAAUGACUUUGAUCCCAAGACAGGAUUGUUCCGCUGCCGGAUCCCCGGAGCCUACUACUUCUCCUUCACUGUUGGGAAGUACCCAAAGAAAAACUUGUCUGUCAUGCUGAUGAGAAACAAGAACGAGGUGCAGGUGAUUGUGUAUGACGAGCAUCACCGCAAGGAGCGGAAGGUGGCCAGCCAGAGUGCCAUGCUGCAGCUUGACUACGGGGACACCGUUUGGCUGCGCUUACACGGCGACCCCAAAUAUGCUCUGUACAGCAAUGUGGCCCCCUACCCAACUUUCAACGGCUACCUGAUCUACCCAGACACUUCUGCCUUCUUCCAGAAUGCCCUUGGCUCUCAGGAGCUGGGGCCACACCGUCACACUGUCGCGCAGCUUCCCGGAGAGCAGCACGAGGCUGGGCAGCGACGCCUGGUGCCGGGCCAGCCGGGCAGGGAAGCAGACCCUCGCUCCGCCUUCUCUGUUGCCCGCUCGCAAAGUCUCCUGGGGACGGAUGACAAGCAAACCCAGCACGAGCCCAUCACAUUCGACACGGAGUUUGUGAACAUUGGGAAAGAUUUCAAUUCCUCCACCGGCAUCUUCUCGUGCCGCAUACCCGGCGCGUACUAUUUCUCCUUCACCAUUGGCAAAAUGCCCUUCAAGACUAUGUCAGUGAAGCUCAUGAAGAACCACAAUGAGGUGCAGGCCAUGAUCUAUGACGACAACCACUCCAAGAGGCGGGAGAUGCAGAGCCAGAGCAUCAUGCUGCCUCUGCAAUACGGGGACACUGUUUGGCUCUACAGCCAUCAGCACGAUGGCUACGGUGCCUACAGCAACCACGGCAAGUACAUCACCUUCACGGGCUUCCUGAUCUACUCGGAGGCUCAGCCAAAGCGGCUCCUGGGUGCCAGCUCGCCCCAAGGGCCCAGUAAUUGA